AUGCUAAGAUCAGGAAUAAUAAAGAAACAGCCUGCGACGGCUAUUAUAAGACCAUUAAUAUCAGCAAGAUGUUUCCACUAUACAAAUGUUAAUUUGAACGAUAAGCCACCGUCGUCUGACUCUCCCUUGAAGGUUUUUUUUGAUACAUUUAAGACUGAAGUGAAAAAGUCGAACGAAUUGAAGGAAAACAUAAAGGCAUUACAGGAUGAGUCGGGAAGAAUGGCCGAGUCUGAAGCUUUUAAAAGAGCCAAAGAAGCCUAUGCCAAGGCGCAGUUGGGUAGUACUGCUGCUGGGAAAGUCUUAAAGAAGGGUGCAGAAACUGUUGGAGAUGCAGCAUACAAGGCCUGGGAGUCUCCUGUUGGUAAGGGUGUGAGAACCAGUGUUCGAGUGACAGCUGAUGUUGCUGAUAAAGCGUUUGAGCCAGUUAGAAAAACCCAGGUCUAUAAGGACAUGUCUGAAGUCAUUGAUGAUGGAUCGUCCACUGCCUAUGGUGGGUUUUUAACAAAAGAGCAAAGAGAAGCGUUGAGAAAGAAGGAGUUGGAAAGAAAAAAGAAACAGGGUUUCCAAGGCCCAGUCAAGGAAAACGAAGAAGCAGGAGGUGCUUUGGUUGCCACUGAGCAUAAAGCCACUGGUCCAACCGUGGGAGAGAAAUGGGAAAACUUCAAGUUGAAGUCACCAAUAGGCCGUGGUGUGGUAUAUUUACAAGAAAAAUGGGAGGAAUCCGAAAAUGGAUUGAUAGCAUUGAUUCGUACUAUUGUGGAAAAGGUUACUGGAUUCUUUUCCGAGACUGAACAAGCAAAGGUUGUUAAGCAAUUAAAGUUGAUGGACCCAUCGUUCCGUCUUACUGAUUUCCAAAGAACAUUAACUAACUACAUUGUUCCUGAAGUUGUUGAUGCGUAUAUUAAAAAUGAUGCCAAGGUGUUGAAGGAAUGGCUUAGUGAGGCACCAUAUAAUGUGUGGGAGGCCAAUAACAAACAGUUUAUUCAACAGGGACUUUUCUCUGAUAGCAGAGUGUUGGAUAUCAGAGGGGUUGACAUAGUCACUUGUAAAAGCUUGCAGCCUAAUGAUGUUCCAGUAAUUGUUGUUAGUUGCAGAGCCCAAGAAAUCCAUCUUUAUAGAAAAGCCAAAACAGGUGAAAUUGCUGCCGGUACUGAAGAUCACAUCCAGUUGAGCACCUACGCCAUGGUUUUGACAAGAAUACCUGAGGAAUUCGACAAUAAGGUGACUGAUGGGUGGAAGAUUGUUGAGUUUGCCCGUGGCGGUUCAAGACCAUUCCAUUAA